GAUACCUCAAGCGGUAAAAACAUGGCGGCUGCACUGUCAUGAAAAUAUAAAUUGAAUCAGACCUUUACUGGGAGACCUUAGAAAUAUAAACUGUAAAAAUGCAGCUACGUUAUAUGAAGACUCUUCUGAACCCGCAGGAUGGAGCCUGUAAGGUUACAGCUUUGGCAUGGUCACCAAACAACACCAAAAUGGCCGUAGUCACCAUGGACAGAGUGGUUAUACUUUAUGAUGAGCUAGGAGAGAGAAGAGAUAAGUUUUCAACAAAACCAGCAAAUUCUCAGGCAGGAAAGAAGAGCUACAUUGUAAAAGGACUUGCCUUCUCUCCAGACUCUACAAAGAUUGCUGUGGGCCAAACUGACAACAUUAUCUAUGUGUACAAAAUUGGAGAAGAAUGGGGUGAAAAAAAAGUUAUCUGUAACAAGUUUGUUCAACAGAGUCCUGUUACCUGUUUGAUAUGGCCACCUGAGCAACAGAACAUUGUCUUCGGCUUAGCAGAUGGAAAGGUCCGUAUUGCUAACCUCAAAACAAACAAAUCAACCACACUCUAUGGAACUGACAAUUAUGUUGUGUCUCUGACUGCAAAUGUCUCAGGAAAAGGAAUUCUCUCUGGUCACAUGGAUGGUGCUAUUGUAAGGUACUUUUUUGAUGACGAAGGAACAGGCUUAUCACAGGGUCAGUUGUGUAAGCAUUCUUGUUCCCCAUAUGCCCUGUGUUGGGGCUCAUCAAUUGUUGCUGCUGGUUGUGACAAAAGAAUCGUAGCAUAUGGAAAAGAAGGAAGGGUUCUUCAAAACUUUGAUUACACCAGAGAUGAUGAUGAAAAAGAGUUUACUGUAGCAAUCUGCAGCCCUAGUGGACAGUCAGUAGUGGUUGGAAGCUAUGACAGGCUGAGAGUGUUUAACUGGAGUCCAAGGAAAGGUUCAUGGGAUGAAUCAAAGCCUAAGGACAUUCCUUAUCUCUACACAAUCACUUCAAUGGCUUGGAAAAGGGAUGGAUCAAGACUUGUGGCUGGUACUUUGUGUGGAGGUGUUGAACUCUUUGACUGUUGCUUGAGAAGAUCAGUUUACAAGAACAAGUUUGAGAUGACCUAUGUUGGUCUCAGUCAGGUCAUUGUGAAGAAUUUGUCAUCAGGAACUCGAGUUGUCCUUAAGUCCCACUACGGAUAUGAGAUUGAUAAAGUGAGCAUCAUGGGCAAGGACAGAUACCUUGUGGCUUACACCACAGACACUCUUCUUGUUGGGGACCUUCAAAACAACAAGCUAAGUGAGGUCCCUUGGCAAGGAACAGGUGGAAAUGAAAAGUUCUUCUUUGAAAAUGAAAAUGUCUGUAUGGUGUUCAAUGCUGGUGAGCUUUCUUUGGUUGAAUAUGGAAACAAUGAAAUACUUGGAACAGUGAGAACUGAAUUUAUGAACCCUCAUUUAAUCAGCGUCCGCCUGAAUGAAAGAAAACAGAGAGGUGUUGAAAACAACAAAAAGAUGGCAUACCUUGUAGACUUAAAGACUAUUAAUGUUGUUGAUAUGAUCAGCGGAUUUAACGUUGCAAGCGUGAAUCAUGACUCGAGAAUUGACUGGCUGGAGCUCAAUGAGACCGGAAGGACCCUGCUUUUUCGAGACAAGAAACUAAAGCUCCAUUUACUGGAUGUAGAAACACAAACGCGUUCGACGAUCCUAAACUACUGCACGUAUGUUCAGUGGGUGCCUCUUAGUGACGUGGUAGUGGCCCAGAACAGAGGGAACCUAUGCGUGUGGUACAAUAUUGACUCACCUCAGAGAGUCACCAUGUUUCCAAUAAAGGGAGACAUAGUCGAUCUGGAGAGAGCUGAUGGCAAGACAGAGGUUCUUGUGAAUGAAGGAGUCACAACCAUCUCCUAUACUCUGGAUGAAGGAUUGAUUGAGUUUGGUACAGCCAUUGACGAUGGAGAUUUCCCAAGAGCUGUUGCGUUCCUCGAGAGUCUUGAGAUGUCCUUAGAAACAGAAGCCAUGUGGAAAACGCUGAGCCGCCUCGCUCUGGAGGCGAGGCAGCUGCACAUUGCCGAGCGAUGUUUUGCUGCUCUGGGUGAUGUUUCUAAAGCCAAGGCAUUGCGGCAGAUAAACAAGACCGCUGAACAAUGUGCAGAAGAAAUGGGUGGUGAUGGUACAAACCAUGUUCGUGUCCGAGCAAAGCUGGCAGUUUUAGACAAAAACUUCAAGCUGGCUGAGACCAUUCUUCUAGAGCAGGGAUACGUGGAUGAAGCCAUUGAGAUGUAUCAGGAGCUGCAUAAGUGGGACGAGGCUAUAGCUGUGGGGCAGGCUAAGGGUCACCCAGAGCUGGAAAAUUUGCGCACAGCUCAUUACCAAUGGCUCUCGGAGACGGCUCAGGAGGAGAAGGCUGGGGAGGUGAAAGAGAGAGAAGGAAAUUACAUGGAGGCCAUUAACUUGUAUCUCAAAGCUGGUUUGCCUGCGAAGGCUGCAAGGCUGGCUUUGAGUAAAGAGGAGCUAAUUCACUCAUCGGAGUUACCGGAGAGAAUUGCGGCAGCUCUUCUUAAAGGCGGAUUGUACGAGCAGGCUGGAGAACUUUACGAGAAAGUUGGCAAAAACGACAAGGCGAUGGAUUCCUAUCGCAAAGGACAUGCAUAUAGGAGGGCGGUUGAACUGUCCCGAGCGGCUUUCCCGAGAGAGGUUGUGAAACUAGAGGAGGCCUGGGGUGAUUAUCUGGUUUCCCAGAAGCAAUUGGAUGCCGCUAUUAAUCACUACAUCGAGGCUGGGUGUUCAAUUAAGGCGAUCGAGGCGGCCAUACAAGCCCGUCAGUGGAACAAAGCUGUUCAGAUUGUGGAAUUACAAGACGAUAAUGUGGCAGAAAGGUACUACCAUCAGAUUGCUCAACACUAUUCUCAAGUUCAAGAAUACAAGCUUGCGGAGAAAUACUUUGUCAAGGGAGGGGACCCACGGGCUGCUAUUGAGAUGUAUACCAAAGCUAAUAUGUAUGAAGCUGCUCACAAGCUUGCAGUUCAGUGCAUGACACAAGAAGAAGUCGCUGUCAUCUACAUAUCGCAAGCUCAAGAACUUGAAGCUCAAGGGAAAUACAAAGAAGCAGAGAGGUUAUACUGCACAGUUGAUGAACCAGACUUGGCCAUUAAUAUGUAUAAGAAACAUCGUCAGUUUGACAACAUGAUCAGACUAGUGGCUAUCCACCAUGAGGAUCUUCUCGCCGACACCCACGUUCACCUGGCAAAGGAACUGGAGGCCGAAGGUCAACUCCGCCAAGCUGAGCAUCAUUUCUUAGAAGCGAGAGACUGGAAAGCAGCCGUGAACAUGUACAGGAACCAAGACAUGUGGGAGGAGGCUUACAGGGUUGCCAAGCAACACGGAAGUCAAAAUGCCUCUAAACAAGUAGCUUACUUGUGGGCCAAGAACUUAGGAGGGGACUCCGCUGUCAAGUUACUGACUAAGUUUGGUCUGCUGGAAUCAGCGAUAGACUACGCUGCAGAAAACUGUGCUUUUGAAUUCGCGUUUGACUUGUCUCGAACGGCGAUGAAGUCCAAGUUGCCAGACAUUCACCUAAAGUAUGCCAUGUUCUUGGAGGACGAGGGAAAGUUUGCUGAUGCUGAAAAAGAAUUUAUUAAAGCUGGGAAAUCAAAGGAAGCUGUGCUUAUGUAUGUUCACAACCAGGAUUGGGACAGUGCUCAGAGAGUGGCGGAGGAGAAUGAUCCUGACAGUGUAACUGAUGUAUUAGUAGGCCAGGCCCGUGUUGCAUUUGACAAAAAAGAAUAUCAAAAAGCUGAGACGUUCCUUCUCCGAGCUCAAAGACCCGAACUUGCGGCUCGUUAUUACAAAGAGGCUGGUAUGUGGACAGAUGCUUUGCGCGUGGUGAAGGAAUACUUGCCUCACAAGCUGGAGCAAUGGCAGGACGAGUACGAUAGAGAAGUCAUGUCCAAAGGAAACAGAGGUGCAGAGUCGUUGCUGAGUCAAGGAAAAGAGUGGGAAAAGAAAGCUGAAUACAACAGAGCUAUUGACAUGUACUUGAAGAUUACACCAAAUAUGACCACUGAUCAUGAACUGGUGGAAGACGCUAUGGUCAAGGCCGUUGAACUUGCUAUGAAAUUCGUAGGUGACCGUGCUUAUGAUGUGGCAAAAGCUGCUUGCCCCAGGCUGGCAGAGAUAAAGUGCUAUGAACAGGCAGGUGAGUUGUAUCUGGGCGUGGAGAUGGUCAAGGAAGCCAUUGAUGUGUAUAUUCAGGGAGAGCUUUGGCCAAAGGCGAAGAGAUGUGCAGCGGAAAUGGCACCAAAGUAUGAACAGUACGUGGAAGAUGCAUACGUUGCGUUCUUGAAACAGAAAGGCCAGGCUGAACAGUUGGUCGACGUAGAUGUCAUAGCUGGUCUGGAUAUGAUGAUACAACGUGGGCAGUGGGAUAAAGCCAUUGAAACUGCCGAGCAACAGGGCUACGAGGUUCUUAGUAAAUAUGUGGCCCUAUACGCUGCUAAUGUUAUCAAAGACGGAAACACAUUGAAGGCUUUGGACUUAUUCUGCAAAUACGGAGCACCGGCUAAUCCUCAGAAUUUUAACAUUUACAAGCGGAUCGUUAUGGACGUUAUAUCAAUGCCAGGGCUCAGGUCUGCUGACAGUUAUCGCACAUGGGCAGACCUCAGAGAUGUGCUGUUUGAAAUUGUUGAAGGCUUAAGUAAAGGAUCCAACUCGCCCCAAGCUCAGGAGUUCGGGGUCAUGUUAGAAGUCGCCCAUUACUACAGUACUAGAUGCGCCUGCAUGCAGCACAAGUCACUGGAUACCUUAGCCGCCAAAUUGUCGACCUCCCUUCUACGACAUUCCGAUAUUAUUCCCUGUGAUAAAGCUUUUUAUGAAGCUGGAGUUGCAGCUAAGGGCGUUGGCUGGGACAAUAUGGCUUUUGUUUUCUUGAACCGCUACUUGGAUCUCAGCGAGGGUAUUGAAGAGGGCAGUCUUGAUAUGUUGGACAACAGCGAUUUUGCAGACACAGAUAUUCCAUUCGAGGUACCGGUUCCAGAAAAACAACACUUACCGGAAGAGAAACGCGAGGAAGUGAAGGAAUGGGUAUUAGCUGUAUCAAUGGAUCAAAAGGUGGAGCAAGUUUUGCCAACAGAUGAGCGUGAUACUUAUGAAGCUUGCCUUGUGGCAGUGAACACUGGUAUAACGUCUCCGCCGUGUGUCAUCACAGGAUAUCCUGUUCUGCGAAACAAGAUUGAAUUUAAACGACCGGGCAAGGCUGCGAACAAAGAGGACUGGAAUAAGUUUAUCAUGGCUACCAAGGUUUCUCACAGCCCUGAAUGUCAAGAUGUGCUGCGUUUUCUGGGAAACUGGUGUGGAGCGCCUCAAAACCCCUCGUAUUCCUUUAAUUAGGAGUUUGCACGACGUCACUUUAUUCAACUCAUGAGUUAUUUAUUAUUCUCAGAUCCGUUCCGUGACUUGUAGAGAUCCAUGACGUCUACAGAUCAUUUAAGAUAUAUGUCACGCAACGCGCAACGCUUUGGAUUCAUAUCCGAACACUGCGUGACGACCCAAAUGAGGCUCCGCAUGAGACUACGGUCUAAAUCGCUUAGUGGUAUUUAUUAUUGUUGUAAAUAACUUGAGUGUUACAGUAUUGUUACAAAAGUGUUACUUCUUGGUCAGAAAGUAAAUUAAGUAAGCUAG